AUGAAUUCUACCCAAAUUCAAUUUGUAAGUAUUGAUGAGAACUGGAGAAACGGUAUUCUACUGGUUUCGGCAGUCCUGAUAUUUGUCUAUUCAGUAAUUCUACCAUUUUAUUUUUACGUGAAUAAAAUUAAUUAUAUGAAAGAUAAAACGACAUUACUCUUCCCAAUCACUAAUCAUUUCUGCGUAAUGAUAAAAAUGGCAUACAUGAUAUUUGUAAUCUUGAUUUGUCGAGUCUUUCCUUGUUUUAAAAUUAAGUGAUUCCACCUUGAGCUUUUACCUACUGCCAAUCGCAUUAUUCCUGACUUUCUACACGCUUUACAUAUUUAUUCAAUCAUUCCAUUUAUUAAUGUUUCUGCUAGCAUUCCUAAAAUUUGUAUUAUAUUUUUUACCGGCAAGUGAGAAAGUAUUGGUUAAAGUUCAAAAGAAAGUUAGUAUCAAACUCAUGUACUUUUUGAUAGUCUUGAAAGAAAUCGGAGUUAUUAUCAUUGUAUCCUAUUUCAACAAUAAAAAUCUUGGGAUAGCAGUUAUGAUGCUCGAGACAAUAUUUGGAAUAACAAGUGUGUCCUUUAUGGCUCUUAUAUUUGCAUCGGCUCUUCUUUACAUUCCAAUUAUGAUAAGUAUUCGGCAAUAUUCAAAUUUACCAACAGCUCGGAUUGAUCAACCACAAAAGUAUGUUCUCUGGCAGACAAUGGUAGUAUUUAUUUUGAAGUCGAUCUAUGUCCUAAUAUUGGCUAUCUCGAUGCGUUAUGGAUUCUUUGUGCCAAGCAUCUUUACCCAUCUUACAAUAGCGACUGACUUCAUCACAACACCACUUAUCAUUCAAUUUUCAUAUUUGGCGUGCAACAAAAGGAACAUGAACAUUUUGUUAUCAUCUUUUAGUUCGAGGCAGUUUUUGAGAAUUUUAUUCAGUUUGAGCUCGACUAACUUAAUUCAACCAUCGAUUUAUAUUGAAGCUGGUUCUCAGUCACAGCAGCUGUAGGA